AUGCGGACUCUAUUAGCUGCCUCUGUGGCACUUCUGAGCCUGGUGGCUUUAGAUGCUUCCCCGUGUUGCUGCAAAACGGGGAAAACAACCGGAACCGGAGGACCUUCUGGCGGUCUUGGCGGCCUUACUAGUGUUCUCGGUGGCAAAAAAAGCAACCUUGUUGGCAACCCGAUAAACAAAGUUGGCGCCCUUACCGGUGGUGCGGUCGGUGGCAAAAAAAGCAACGUUGUUGGCAACCCGAUAAACAAAGACUGCACCCUUACUGGUGGUGCAGUCGGUGGCAAAAAAAGCAACCUUGUUGGCAACCCGAUAAACAAAAUUAGCGGCCUAACUGGUGGUGCAGUCGGUGGCAAAAAAAGCAACCUUGUUGGCAACCCGAUAAACAAAGUUGGCACCCUUACUGGUGGUGCAGUCGGUGGCAAAAAAAGCAACCUUGUUGGCAACCCGAUAAACAAAGUUGGCGCUAUUACUGGUGGUGCAAUCGGUGGCAAGAAAAGCAAUCUUGUGGGCGGUCUGAUAAGCACUGUUGGCCGUCUUACUGGUAGUUUACUAGGUGGUACUGACGAUGGUAAGGGAAGCAACGUUGCUGGCGGUGUGAUAAGCAAAGGUGUUAAAAGUGGUCAAAGCAACGAUGAUUAUAUUGGCAUUAAGAAAGCUAAAGAUCUAGAAUAUCAAAAGGCCUUGAAAAGCAACGAUUUGAAAUCACAGGGUGGUCAAAAUACCUCUGGUCGGGAUGGUUCUAGUAACAGUAGAAAAUCACCGUGCGAACAAAAGAACUCUAACCGCAACUGUAAAAAAAGCAAUUUGAAAUCAAAGGAUGGUAAAAAACCCUCUAGCAAUAGCCAGAAUAAAAGCGUUUGGAAAUCACAGGGUGAUCAAAAUAACUCUGGUCGCGAGGGUUCUAAUAACAAUGUAAAAUCACAGCGUGAUCAAACGACUUCUAAUCGCGACGGUAAGAGUAACGAUUUGAAAUCAAAGGAUGGUGAACAGAGCUCUAGCAACAACGACGGCAAUAGCGAUUGGAAAUCACAGGAUGAUCAAAAUACUUCUGGUCGCGAUGGUUCUAGUAAUAGUGAAAAAUCACAGCGUGAUCAAACGACUUCUAAUCGCGACGGUAAAAGUAAGGAUUUGAAAUCAAAGGAUGGUAAACAGAGCUCUAGCGACAGCGACGGCGAUAGCGAUUGGAAAUCGCAGGGUGAUCAAAAUACUUCUGGUCGCGAUGGUUCUAGUAAUAAUGAAAAAUCACAGGGUGAACCAAAGAACUCUAAUCGCAACGAAGGUAGUAACAAUGGCAAAUCACAAAAUGAAGAAAAAAAUUCUAGGAGUGAUGGUGGUAGUAACGAUUGGAAAUCUCAGGAUGAUCAAAAUAAGUCAAUUCGCAACGAUAAAAGUAAUGAUUUAAAAUCACAGGAUGGUGAACAGAGCUCUAGUGACAAUAAGGAUUGGAAAUCACAGGGUGAUCAAAAUACCUCUGGUCGCGAUGAUUCUAGUAAUAAUGGAAAAUCACAGGGUGAGAACUCUAAUCGCGACGGUGAUAGUAGUGAAAGUUGGAAAUCACAGGAUAAGCAAGAAUAUCAAAAUAACUCUAAACGCACAGCCGAUGACAGCAGCAGUUUGAAUGUCUCUAGUGAUAAAGAUUAUCAAAAGAAGUCUAAUCGCGACGGUGAUGCUAGUGAAAGUUGGAAAUCACAGGAUGAGCAACAAUAUCAAAAGAACUCUAAACGCACAGCUGAUGACAGCAGCAGUUUGAAUGUCUCUAGUGAUAAAGAUGAUCAAAAGAAGUCUAAUCGCGACGGUGAUGCUAGUGAAAGUUGGAAAUCACAGGAUGAGCAACAAUAUCAAAAGAACUCUAAACGCACAGCUGAUGACAGCAGCAGUUUGAAUGUCUCUAGUGAUAAAGAUGAUCAAAAGAAGUCUAAUCGCGACGGUGAUGCUAGUGAAAGUUGGAAAUCACAGGAUGAGCAACAAUAUCAAAAGAACUCUAAACGCACAGCUGAUGACAGCAGCAGUUUGAAUGUCUCUAGUGAUAAAGAUGAUCAAAAGAAGUCUAAUCGCGACGGUGAUGCUAGUGAAAGUUGGAAAUCACAGGAUGAGCAACAAUAUCAAAAGAACUCUAAACGCACAGCUGAUGACAGCAGCAGUUUGAAUGUCUCUAGUGAUAAAGAUGAUCAAAAGAAGUCUAAUCGCGACGGUGAUGCUAGUGAAAGUUGGAAAUCACAGGAUGAGCAACAAUAUCAAAAGAACUCUAACCGCACAGCUGAUGACAGCAGCAGUUUGAAUAUCUCUAGUGAUAAAGAUUAUCAAAAGAAGUCUAAUCGCGACGGUGAUGCUAGUGAAAGUUGGAAAUCACAGGAUGAGCAACAAUAUCAAAAGAACUCUAAACGCACAGCUGAUGACAGCAGCAGUUUGAAUGUCUCUAGUGAUAAAGAUGAUCAAAAGAAGUCUAAUCGCGACGGUGAUGCUAGUGAAAGUUGGAAAUCACAGGAUGAGCAACAAUAUCAAAAGAACUCUAAACGCACAGCUGAUGACAGCAGCAGUUUGAAUGUCUCUAGUGAUAAAAAUGAUCAAAAGAAGUCUAAUCGCGACGGUGAUGCUAGUGAAAGUUGGAAAUCACAGGAUGAGCAACAAUAUCAAAAGAACUCUAAACGCACAGCUGAUGACAGCAGCAGUUUGAAUGUCUCUAGUGAUAAAGAUUAUCAAAAGAAGUCUAAUCGCGACGGUGAUGCUAGUGAAAGUUGGAAAUCACAGGAUGAGCAACAAUAUCAAAAGAACUCUAAACGCACAGCUGAUGACAGCAGCAGUUUGAAUGUCUCUAGUGAUAAAGAUUAUCAAAAGAAGUCUAAUCGCGACGGUGAUGCUAGUGAAAGUUGGAAAUCACAGGAUCAGCAACAAUAUCAAAAGAACUCUAAACGCACAGCUGAUGACAGCAGCAGUUUGAAUGUCUCUAGUGAUAAAGAUUAUCAAAAGAAGUCUAAUCGCGACGGUGAUGCUAGUGAAAGUUGGAAAUCACAGGAUGAGCAACAAUAUCAAAAGAACUCUAAACGCACAGCUGAUGACAGCAGCAGUUUGAAUGUCUCUAGUGAUAAAGAUUAUCAAAAGAAGUCUAAUCGCGACGGUGAUGCUAGUGAAAGUUGGAAAUCACAGGAUGAGCAACAAUAUCAAAAGAACUCUAAACGCACAGCUGAUGACAGCAGCAGUUUGAAUGUCUCUAGUGAUAAAGAUUAUCAAAAGAAGUCUAAUCGCGACGGUGAUGCUAGUGAAAGUUGGAAAUCACAGGAUGAGCAACAAUAUCAAAAGAACUCUAAACGCACAGCUGAUGACAGCAGCAGUUUGAAUGUCUCUAGUGAUAAAGAUGAUCAAAAGAAGUCUAAUCGCGACGGUGAUGCUAGUGAAAGUUGGAAAUCACAGGAUGAGCAACAAUAUCAAAAGAACUCUAAACGCACAGCUGAUGACAGCAGCAGUUUGAAUGUCUCUAGUGAUAAAAAUGAUCAAAAGAAGUCUAAUCGCGACGGUGAUGCUAGUGAAAGUUGGAAAUCACAGGAUGAGCAACAAUAUCAAAAGAACUCUAAACGCACAGCUGAUGACAGCAGCAGUUUGAAUGUCUCUAGUGAUAAAGAUUAUCAAAAGAAGUCUAAUCGCGACGGUGAUGCUAGUGAAAGUUGGAAAUCACAGGAUGAGCAACAAUAUCAAAAGAACUCUAAACGCACAGCUGAUGACAGCAGCAGUUUGAAUGUCUCUAGUGAUAAAGAUUAUCAAAAGAAGUCUAAUCGCGACGGUGAUGCUAGUGAAAGUUGGAAAUCACAGGAUGAGCAACAAUAUCAAAAGAACUCUAAACGCACAGCUGAUGACAGCAGCAGUUUGAAUGUCUCUAGUGAUAAAAAUGAUCAAAAGAAGUCUAAUCGCGACGGUGAUGCUAGUGAAAGUUGGAAAUCACAGGAUGAGCAACAAUAUCAAAAGAACUCUAAACGCACAGCUGAUGACAGCAGCAGUUUGAAUGUCUCUAGUGAUAAAGAUUAUCAAAAGAAGUCUAAUCGCGACGGUGAUGCUAGUGAAAGUUGGAAAUCACAGGAUGAGCAACAAUAUCAAAAGAACUCUAAACGCACAGCUGAUGACAGCAGCAGUUUGAAUGUCUCUAGUGAUAAAGAUUAUCAAAAGAAGUCUAAUCGCGACGGUGAUGCUAGUGAAAGUUGGAAAUCACAGGAUGAGCAACAAUAUCAAAAGAACUCUAAACGCACAGCUGAUGACAGCAGCAGUUUGAAUGUCUCUAGUGAUAAAGAUUAUCAAAAGAAGUCUAAUCGCGACGGUGAUGCUAGUGAAAGUUGGAAAUCACAGGAUCAGCAACAAUAUCAAAAGAACUCUAAACGCACAGCUGAUGACAGCAGCAGUUUGAAUGUCUCUAGUGAUAAAGAUUAUCAAAAGAAGUCUAAUCGCGUCGGUGAUGCUAGUGAAAGUUGGAAAUCACAGGAUGAGCAACAAUAUCAAAAGAACUCUAAACGCACAGCUGAUGACAGCAGCAGUUUGAAUGUCUCUAGUGAUAAAGAUUAUCAAAAGAAGUCUAAUCGCGACGGUGAUGCUAGUGAAAGUUGGAAAUCACAGGAUGAGCAACAAUAUCAAAAGAACUCUAAACGCACAGCUGAUGACAGCAGCAGUUUGAAUGUCUCUAGUGAUAAAGAUUAUCAAAAGAAGUCUAAUCGCGACGGUGAUGCUAGUGAAAGUUGGAAAUCACAGGAUGAGCAACAAUAUCAAAAGAACUCUAAACGCACAGCUGAUGACAGCAGCAGUUUGAAUGUCUCUAGUGAUAAAGAUGAUCAAAAGAAGUCUAAUCGCGACGGUGAUGCUAGUGAAAGUUGGAAAUCACAGGAUGAGCAACAAUAUCAAAAGAACUCUAAACGCACAGCUGAUGACAGCAGCAGUUUGAAUGUCUCUAGUGAUAAAAAUGAUCAAAAGAAGUCUAAUCGCGACGGUGAUGCUAGUGAAAGUUGGAAAUCACAGGAUGAGCAACAAUAUCAAAAGAACUCUAAACGCACAGCUGAUGACAGCAGCAGUUUGAAUGUCUCUAGUGAUAAAGAUUAUCAAAAGAAGUCUAAUCGCGACGGUGAUGCUAGUGAAAGUUGGAAAUCACAGGAUGAGCAACAAUAUCAAAAGAACUCUAAACGCACAGCUGAUGACAGCAGCAGUUUGAAUGUCUCUAGUGAUAAAGAUUAUCAAAAGAAGUCUAAUCGCGACGGUGAUGCUAGUGAAAGUUGGAAAUCACAGGAUGAGCAACAAUAUCAAAAGAACUCUAAACGCACAGCUGAUGACAGCAGCAGUUUGAAUGUCUCUAGUGAUAAAGAUUAUCAAAAGAAGUCUAAUCGCGACGGUGAUGCUAGUGAAAGUUGGAAAUCACAGGAUCAGCAACAAUAUCAAAAGAACUCUAAACGCACAGCUGAUGACAGCAGCAGUUUGAAUGUCUCUAGUGAUAAAGAUUAUCAAAAGAAGUCUAAUCGCGUCGGUGAUGCUAGUGAAAGUUGGAAAUCACAGGAUGAGCAACAAUAUCAAAAGAACUCUAAACGCACAGCUGAUGACAGCAGCAGUUUGAAUGUCUCUAGUGAUAAAGAUUAUCAAAAGAAGUCUAAUCGCGACGGUGAUGCUAGUGAAAGUUGGAAAUCACAGGAUGAGCAACAAUAUCAAAAGAACUCUAAACGCACAGCUGAUGACAGCAGCAGUUUGAAUGUCUCUAGUGAUAAAGAUUAUCAAAAGAAGUCUAAUCGCGACGGUGAUGCUAGUGAAAGUUGGAAAUCACAGGAUGAGCAACAAUAUCAAAAGAACUCUAAACGCACAGCUGAUGACAGCAGCAGUUUGAAUGUCUCUAGUGAUAAAGAUUAUCAAAAGAAGUCUAAUCGCGACGGUGAUGCUAGUGAAAGUUGGAAAUCACAGGAUGAGCAACAAUAUCAAAAGAACUCUAAACGCACAGCUGAUGACAGCAGCAGUUUGAAUGUCUCUAGUGAUAAAGAUUAUCAAAAGAAGUCUAAUCGCGACGGUGAUGCUAGUGAAAGUUGGAAAUCACAGGAUCAGCAACAAUAUCAAAAGAACUCUAAACGCACAGCUGAUGACAGCAGCAGUUUGAAUGUCUCUAGUGAUAAAGAUUAUCAAAAGAAGUCUAAUCGCGUCGGUGAUGCUAGUGAAAGUUCGAAAUCACAGGAUGAGCAACAAUAUCAAAAGAACUCUAAACGCACAGCUGAUGACAGCAGCAGUUUGAAUGUCUCUAGUGAUAAAGAUUAUCAAAAGAAGUCUAAUCGCGACGGUGAUGCUAGUGAAAGUUGGAAAUCACAGGAUGAGCAACAAUAUCAAAAGAACUCUAAACGCACAGCUGAUGACAGCAGCAGUGUGAAUGUCUCUAGUGAUAAAGAUUAUCAAAAGAAGUCUAAUCGCGACGGUGAUGCUAGUGUAAGUUGGAAAUCACAGGAUGAGCAACAAUAUCAAAAGAACUCUAAACGCACAGCUGAUGACAGCAGCAGUUUGAAUGUCUCUAGUGAUAAAGAUUAUCAAAAGAAGUCUAAUCGCGACGUUGAUGCUAGUGAAAGUUGGAAAUCACAGGAUAUCAAAGAUCAGUCAUCCCCCGUUGGUUGUGCCCGCGCCAGUGUGUCAACGUCUGAUGAAUAA